AUGGCGACACCGUGGCCUCAAAGGUCGAUAUGGCCAACCGAAAUUCGCGAGUCUACUACAUAUCUCAGCACUUUUCUUCACGACAUACUGCACCCUAUUAAGCACACCAGCAUGCCACCACAGGGAUGGCCAGAAGAGUUUGAGUCACCAGAUAUUAUCAGUGAUAUCAUCCACGGCGUAUUAACGUUCGUCCUAAAGAUGCACCAUAUACCCAACCUCAGCGCUAUAUGCGAUGCGCUCAGCAUUAUAAAAACUAAGGUUAAGACCACAGCGGAGAACACGGCACAGGUUUUGCCAUCUCAGGGCCUAUGUGGAGCUUGCCAUCGAGCAGAGCGGCAACGAGCACAUAGCAAGCGUGAAGAUUGUCUCGUCUAA